GUGCGAGCACCAUGGCAAUGGGGAGGGUCAGCAUGCCUGCUGCCGCGCUUGAUUUCUGCUUAAAAGCACCGUUCUUGGAACGUGGCAGUCGACCACAUCAAGUUUUUUUUCCACAGCCUGCAGCACAUCCUUCAUCUCACUACCUCAACUUUCGACAGCUAAUAUAUCUCUAAACCAUGACUGUGCUACUUGAUGUUGCGGACAUCAUGCUCAAGCCAGUGCACUGGCUCGUCUUCUACCCAACGCAGAAGGCGCUCCAGUUUGGCAUAUACCGUGCCAACAAUAUCGGCGCCAAAAAGAAGCACGCCAAAACAUUGGCAAAGGAUCCGCGCUCGUCGCUGGAUAUCUACAACCCGAUUCUGCAGCACUCGGCCACCGAGCUGGCACGCAUGAUUCGCACCGGUGAGGUCACGUCGAGGCAGGUUGUCGCAGCCUAUAUUGAGCGAAUCAAACAGGUCAACCCUCUGGUCAACGGGCUGGUUGCAGACAGAUUUGACAAGGCCAUCGAGGAUGCCGAGGCUGUUGACAAGCUGGUUGCCACUGGUGACUUGUCAGCCUUCGAUUCGCAACCGUUCCUGGGUGUGCCAAUCACCAUCAAGGAGUCCAUUGCUGUCGAAGGACUUCCAAACACAUAUGGCCUUUCCUGGCGUCAGAAGCGAGAGCCUGUGUCCUGUGUCACAUCCAAGCCUGUCCAAAACAUAAUCGAUGCCGGCUUCAUCAUCCUUGGCGUGACCAAUACCCCGACGCUCUCCACGACUGUCGAGAGCGACAACGCCAUUUAUGGCCGCACCCUGAACCCAUACAACUUUUCUCUGACGCCCGGCGGCAGCUCGAGCGGCGAGGGUGCACUUCUUGGAUCCGGUGCUUCACCGGUCGGAAUCGCCACCGAUAUUGGUGGCAGCAUUCCGAUCCCGUCGCUUUUCUGCGGAGUCUUUGGACACCGGCCUACUGCCGGAAUGAUUCCACAUGACCCGACAACGUACCCCGAGCUGCAGUCUGACAACGCCCGAAGCUGCUUCACCAAGGGUGUCAUGUGCCGCUAUGCUGAAGAUAUUGCGCCGACUUUGUCGAUUCUUGCAUCUCAGGAAAUAGGAGAUCCGUCAACAGUUGAUUUCAGCGAGCUCAGCGUUAUUAUUAUGCCAGAGGGACUCGGUAACAGCCUUGUGACUCCUAGAGUCAGCAAAGAGCUGCGCGAUGCAGUUGUCCGCGCUGGAAAAUUCCUUGGCGGCAGCAAGGUCAAGAGAAUCAAGCCAUUUGUUAACCCCCUAACUACCGCCUUCAAAUUCCUGCCAGUUAUCCGCGAUGGUGAGGUACCGGUCCCUGUCACCUUGGCUGGUGAAGAUCAGCCACCAGUCAGUACUUCCCGUGAGGCCCUUCGUAUUUUGGGUGGCAAGUCACAGUAUUCGCCUGGACCGCUCAUGUUCGCCGUUUCAGGGAAGCUGUUGGGCGGCAAAUACGCGGAUGUCACCGAAUACUGGGCCAAACUGAAGCAACAGCUCGAUGAGCUGCUCGGCGAGAACGGUAUUCUUAUUAUGCCGCCGCAGCCUAAGCCGGCACAGCGCCAUGGAUGGAGUCUAACCCACACCGUGUGGGUUGGCUACACUGCCAUUUUCAAUGCCCUUGGCUACCCUGUCACUCACGCCCCAAUGGGCCUGAACAAGAAGGGAAUUCCUAUUGGUGUAAUGGUGGUUGCGCGCAAGAACCAGGAUAUCCGUACCAUUGCAGCAGCGGUGAAGCUCCAAGAAGGUUUUGGCGGCUGGGUGCCGCCUACAAGACUAGGUGUGCCGGUGUAAGCAGCAAGCGUCUGCUUGGGGACGUGCCAUUGUUCGACAAUUCCAUUGUAAAGAUGCUGUAAUCAAUUGGUAUUUAAUGCAGUACUAGCAACCACCUUCAAUAUGCAGCAUGCAGUGUUUGGCCCACAUAGAGGUGAGCCCACAUUCCAAGAGGCUAUACUCCACGUGCCGAUCUGUUUAGCCAUUGGCUGCAAGACGAGACACCAGUGCUGAUCUGGACCUGACCGAUUAGCCGCUGAUUAGCAUCUUUUUAUAGACUAAAAAUGAGCCAGCCGGUCUGAUCCCAAUGAUCACCAUGAUACAUGUUGGCCAGCGAGC